AUGGCGUGCGUGCUGCCGCUGGGGCCCCCGGGCUCUGCGCUGCCGGGCAGUUUGCUGCUGCUGCAGUCUGCUGUUGAGCUGCUGCACCUUUUGAAGCAAAUCCGCGAAGUCCGCGGGGCCUACGGGGCCUGGGCCAGAACUCAAGACGGCCUUUUGGCUCUAAUGACUUACAGAGACCCAAAGCCUGGACAGUCUCUCGAGACCUUCCGCACUUCGGGGGUCUUUGCCCAUUCCUGGGCCUCGGGGGCCCCCGAGGGGGCCCCCGGGGGGGCCCCCGGGGGGGCCCCCGCGGGCGCGGAGGCCCCGGGGGGGGCCCCCGCGGGGGCCCCCGGGGGGGCCCCCGGGGGGGCCCCCGGGGGGGCCCCUGGGGUCUCGGAGGAACAGCUGCUGGGGGCCCUUCUGAAUGCUGUGGCUUUGAUGGACAGGCCCGUGGGGCUGGAGGCGAGGGGCCCCCGGGCGCUGCGGCAGCUGCUGGACGGGGAGGGGGCCCCCCACCGGAGGGCCCACAGGGCCCAGCUGCUUGCUGCGGGGGCCCCCGAGGUUGCUGCAGCAGCAGCACUUCUCAGCGAGGCCCUCCAGGGGGGCCCCCAGUCGCUUGUCCUUGUGGGGCCCCCCGAGGCCGCCAGCCAAGUCGCCAGCCACACCGUGGGGGACCUUACCCGCAUUCGCGUCGAGUGA